AUGAAUCGUACAAUAUGGUGCACUUUCGUGUUAUUAAUAUCUUGGACGGAGCGUCUAAUCGCUAAUUCGCGUCGAACGCCCGUGGUGUAUACGAACAGUGGACCUGUGCGUGGUUUGACAUCGCACACUGUGUGGAACUCGAUCGAAUAUUCGUCUUUCAAGGGAAUCCCCUACGCGGAACCACCCACUGGAAGCCUUCGAUUUCAGCCUCCAGUGCCCGUGAAAGCAUGGAACGAAACGUUAAACGCAUUCCAAGAAGGAAACGUGUGCCCUCAAUUGGGCUUAGAAUCGGGUGUUUUUAUGGGAAACGAAGAUUGCUUGUUCCUGAACGUUAUUACUCCCGAGACGCAGUUCGAGGACAAAAUGAAUUUGAAACCAGUCAUGGUCUGGAUACACGGCGGUGGAUUUUUAGGUGGAAGUAGCAACCUAGCGUUGUACGGGCCUGAUUUCUUCAUAGAAGAGAACAUAGUCAUCGUCAGUUUCAAUUAUCGCAUCGGUGCUCUCGGAUUCCUAGCGUUGAAUCAUCCACGAGCAACGGGCAAUGCUGGCCUAAAGGAUCAGAAUCUGGUUCUACGAUGGGUGCAGAAAAAUAUUGCCGCGUUUGGUGGGGAUCCAAAACAGGUGACGAUUUUUGGCCAAAGCGCGGGGGCUGUAUCCGUGGGUUAUCACACGUUGUCGAAAAAAUCGAAAGGUUUAUUUAUACGAUCGAUCAGUAUGAGUGGCACACCUCUGUGUGUGUGGGCAUAUCAGACACCACAGGAAGCCACUGCUAAUGCACACAAACUUCUGCGUAUUCUUGGUCACCUACCGAAGAACAAAAAUGACAUACUGAAUUUCUUUCUCCACACUCCUGCCUCGGAUAUUGUGAUAGGAGCUACGAAAGUGUCUCUGAACUUCCUUCCAUUUCGACCGACGAUAGAGAAUCCUACCAUCGCGCCUCGUAACAGUGCAUUUUUGACAGAAUGUCCAAUAACGAAAUAUCACAGUGGAAAAUUCUAUCAGCAUUCUAUGAUAAUGGGUUACACUCGCGACGAGAUCCUUCUGUUUAUGGGCUUUAAAUUCAGUCAAGUGAACACAACAAAACAGGUCAUCAAGCUUUUACAAGACAGAGCCAAAUACGAAGAGAGCAACAGUGUCAAAACCAGGAACCAAAUUGCAAAUCGUCUGAGGAAUAAUUCUAAAACGACUAUCAACAAGAUAGUAAAGAUUGGAACCGACUUUUUUUUUAGAAUUCCCAUCGACUUGACUCAAAGAAUGCUGGCGAAACGUAACGAAAAUCAUUCCAUUUAUUAUUAUCGACUAUCGUAUCAAUCUGAAUAUUCGAUGCACGGAUUGUAUGAUAAUCCUCUGAAAGGAACAGCCCACUUGGACGAUGUUGGCUACAUAUUCAACGUAAAACAGUUACAAGCACCUACCAAUCCUGCAAAUUCCUUCAAUCAAUUUCGAAAGAAAAUGGUUACUCUGUGGGCUAAUUUCGCUAAAUACGGAAACCCAACACCGAACAAUACGAGCGACCUGGUCUGGACAGACUCUAGAACCUCUAGAUCACAAUUGGAUAUCAAUGAAACCUUCACCAUGCAUGAUCGUUUGAUCGAUGGAAGGGGUGAGAACUAUGAAAAGGGUCUAUACACUGCCUUGGCACUCGUCAGUGCCUGCAGACACAAACCGGUGGAUUACAAAAGUAUUUUCUAAUAUUGUUACUGAAAUAAAAGUCCCUUUAUUUAUUUU